CGUGCGCAGCGUGCCGAGUGGAGAUAGCGGUGUGCUGUGUGACAGAGCCCCAUAGACCGCAUAGAUAGCGUGAUGGCGGAAGGAAACGAUCAAAAUAGUGAAAAUGGCGAAAUCAAAUCUCUGCCUAAAAACUUUGAUCGUGGUGUUGCAGCCAUUAAGCCCCAGUUUUUAACCACCAAAGAACAAUUUCAUGCUUUCAUUGAUGGAGAUGGCAAAGCAGGAACCACAGAGCAAGAGAGUUUGGAUAGUAAUGGGGAAACUGCUGAUGGCCCAAAAGAACCUGAAGCAAAACGGAUUAAGCUCACUGAUACCAGCAGCACAAAUGAGGAGCAAAAUAGUGCAGCGAAUGUACAAGAAAAGAAAAGAGCUAGAGGGCAGAACAAGAGUCGUCCUCACAUGAAACUUUCACAAUUGGAGCAGACUAAGUUGUGUUCUACUCUACUACAGGGAAAAGAAAAAAAUUGUCCCUAUGGCGAUAAGUGCAGAUUUUCACAUGAUAUUGAGAAAUAUAUGGCAGAAAAGCCAGCAGAUAUUGGGCCAAAGUGUCACUUAUUUGAGACAUUUGGGAAAUGUUCCUAUGGCGUCGUCUGCCGUUUUGCAAAAUCACACUUGGCAGAAGGUUUCAAGAACAUGAUCAAUGAAGAUCUUGUGAAAAAGCAUGAAGGGAUUGCUUUAGUAAAGAACAAUUUGGACAAAGAUUUACAGUUUCAGUUACGGAAAAAAAAAGUUUUAUUUGAAAAGUCGGUAGAAUAUUUGAAGAACAUGAACAAAUCCAAAAAGUCCGACACUACGGGUGGAAAGUUAGGCGUUGGAACAGAAUUGAGCGUGGCUCCAGUGGAAUGUGUGAAAGCAUCUGCAUUAGAUGAAGCCGAUGUGUGCAAGGUUUCUGGUGAGGGAGACACAAUUAAGGAAGAUUCAACUACAACUUCAACGAAUGCUCAAAAAGAGAUGGCAAAGGUCACAGUUGGACCGUUGACAGAUGAAGAUAUUAUAAAGCUCAGACCUUCUGAGAAGAAAACUAUUGAUUUCAGAAACAAGCUGUAUCUUGCGCCAUUAACAACGUGUGGCAAUCUGCCUUUCAGGAGAAUAUGUAAACGUUAUGGGGCAGAUAUCACAUGCGGAGAGAUGGCUGUGUGCACAAAUAUUUUGCAGGGACAGCCGUCUGAAUGGGCACUGUUAAGGCGGCAUCAUACUGAGGAUCUAUUCGGUGUACAGUUAGAAGGUGCUUUUCCUGACACUAUGACCAAAUGUGCUGAGCUCAUCAACAAACACAUUGAGGUUGACUUUGUGGAUGUCAACGUUGGAUGCCCAAUAGACCUGGUGUAUAAUAAGGGAGGUGGCUGUGGGCUAAUGAAUAGAACUAACAAAUUUGAACAGAUUAUAAAAGGAAUGAAAUCGGUGCUUGAUGUUCCACUGACUGUGAAGAUCAGGACGGGUGUUCAUGAAAACCACAAUCUUGCCCACAAACUUAUUCCAAAACUUAGAGAAUGGGGUGUAUCAUUGGUUACUCUUCAUGGAAGAUCGAGAGAGCAACGAUACACCAAGCUUGCAGACUGGGAGUAUAUUAAUUCCUGUGCUAAAAUAGCAGACCCACUUCCGUUCUUUGGGAAUGGAGACAUCUUUUCUUACGAAGACUCAAAUCGUGCUCUGCAGACUGGUGUUUCAGGUGUAAUGCUGGCAAGAGGGGCACUUGUGAAACCCUGGCUCUUUACCGAGAUUAAAGAGCAGCGACACUGGGAUAUAUCCUCUUCAGAAAGAUUUGAUAUUCUCCAAGAUUUUACGAACUAUGGUCUGGAGCACUGGGGGUCCGAUUCCCAGGGAGUGGAGAAAACAAGAAGGUUUAUGCUGGAGUGGCUGUCCUUCCUCUGCAGGUACAUUCCAGUUGGUUUAUUGGAACACAUACCUCAAAAAAUCAAUGAACGCCCUCCGUACUAUAUAGGUAGAGACUACAUGGAGACACUAAUGGCAAGCCAAAAUGUAUCUGAUUGGAUCAAGAUCAGUGAAAAGCUUCUGGGACCCGUGCCUCAGAACUUUACGUUUUUACCGAAACACAAAGCUAAUUCUUACAGAUAAUGUAGAAUUUGCAUGUAUUUGAACACAAUUCUGACCAUGUUACACUUUUAGCAGUGGUUUUAUAAUAAACAUUACUACUUUU